AUGAACUUGUUAUGUGAAUUGAUUGAUUUUGUUAAAGACUGUUCAAAUUGUGAAGAUCUUUUUGAAAGUUUGGUGAGCUGUAGUAAAGAUUGUAACUUUGAUGCUGUUGUUUUUGAUAUGCUUAUUAAGGGUUAUGUGAGAAAGGGUAUGGUUAAAGAAGGGAUGAGAACCUUUACGAACAUUUUGGAAGUCGGCUAUUUGCCCUCUGUGAUCACUUGCAAUUGUCUUUUGAAUGGAUUGUUGAGGUUGAAUUUUAUUGAUCAGUGUUGGUUAGUGUAUGAAGAGAUGGGGAGAGUCGGGAUUCGACCAAAUUCGUACACUUUUAAUAUAUUGACUAAUGUUUUUUGCAAAGAUGGGAUUGUUGAUAAGGUUAAUGAGUUCUUGGAGAGGAUGGAAGAAGAAGGGUUUGAUCCUGAUUUGGUGACCUAUAAUACACUGAUUAGUAGCUAUUGUAGGAAAGAGAGACUCAAUGAUGCGUUCGAUUUGUAUCGGAUUAUGUAUCGGAGAGGUGUUGUGCCAGAUUUGGUUUCAUAUACCGCACUGAUGAACGGUCUUUGUAAAGAAGGGAGGGUGAGAGAGGCACAUCAGUUAUUCCAUAGAAUGGUUCAUCGAGGAUUGAAUCCAGACAUUGUGUCGUAUAAUACUCUUAUUUCUGGUUAUUGCAAGGAGGGGAGGAUGCAAGAGUCGAAGUAUUUGGUGCAUGAGAUGAUAGGAAAUGGGAUUUCCCCUGAUAGUUUUACUUGUCGAGUUCUCGUAGAAGGAUAUCGAAAACAGGGAAGGUUGGUUUCAGCUUUGAAUUUGGUUGUAGAGCUAAGGAGAUUUGGGGUUUCCAUAUCAUCCGGCAUAUAUGAUUUUUUGAUUGUUUCUUUAUGUCGUGAGGAUCGACCAUUCGCUGCAAAGAAUAUCCUUGGGAGAAUCUCUCAGGAUGGUUAUGUACCUAAACCAGAUAUCUAUAACGAAUUGAUCAAAACGUUCUGCAGAUGCAACAAUGUGGCCGAUGCAUUGCUCGUAAAAGCUGAGAUGGUUCGUAAGAGAAUAAAAGUCAAUCUUGUUGCAUACAGAGCUCUUAUAUGCUCAUCAUGUAGAAUAGGUAAAACUCACGAAGCAGAAUCCUUGAUGGCAAAAAUGCUUAAAUCUGAUAUCCUUCCCGAUCCACACAUAUGCAGGGUGCUUAUCCAGUGCUACUGCGACCAAAUGGAUAUUGAUAAAGCAGAGUCGAUGUUGAGCUUCUUUGCCAAGAAAUUCCGGAUUUUCGAUACCGAAAGCUACAAUGUUCUUGUGAGUACAUAUACAGAGAGUGGUGAUAUGGAGAAGUUAAUGGAGCUUCAAGAUAGAAUGAUGAAACUAGGGUUUGCACCUAAUAGCUUGACAUGCAAAUAUGUAAUCCAUGGUUUAUUGAAAGCCAAGAGAUUGUAUAAGCAGAAGUUGCUUGGUUCUUAGCUGCAAUAACCAGCCGGUUGCUUAUAAUUUCAAUGUACAAAUAUUUCAUUUCAUCCUCAAUCUUUCUAACUUUUAGAAAAGAGUUAUUGAAUAAUAAAUGAAAUUUAAAAAAAUCAUUAGUGAAUCAA